AUGCAGCAGAUCUCGAGCGAUACCGAGCAGAGCGGUAAGCGCCAAUCGAUCGGCAAGAGGAAGCUUUCUGAUCAAGGGGAGCCAUCGCAGCCGCGAUCGCAACAAACCAUCUCCGAGCUCUUCUCUGAGCGAUACACACCUGAUCCCAGCCUUCCGCAGUCUCACAAACGGUCUCGUGUGUCAGCAUCACCAUCGCGCCUGACCUCCACGACCCCAACUGUCUCGCAUAAGAUGUAUCCGAUUUCCGGUUCCCCGCCCAAGAAUGGCGCCGCGCUUGGUCGGGGUAUGUCUGAAACCAACGGUUCUGUCAAACCUCAAAACAUGAACCCGAAUUCUCGUCAGAGUAAUUUUUCUCCUCACACCGGUGCGAAAAAGCUCGUUGUUAAGAAUCUUCGUGCUGGACCGCGACUCAACCAGGAUUCAUAUUUCGAUAAAGUGUGGUCGCAGUUCGAUGCGGCUUUGACGGCUAUUUUCGAUGGAAAGAAACCAGAGAGCUCGCUGGAGGAGUUAUACAAGGGCGGCGAGAAUGUGUGUCGCCAGGAUCGGGCCGCUCUAUUGGCCAAGAAGCUCCAGGCUCGGUGCAAAGAGUUCGUCAGUGGAAACAUGCGCACAAACCUUGCUACCAGGGCUGGAGGGAGUACCGAUGUGGAUACACUGCGAGCGGUGAUUGAGGCAUGGUCAACCUGGCACACGAAAUUAGUCACCGUUCGCUGGAUCUUCUAUUAUCUUGACCAAUCCUUUCUCUUACACUCGAAAGAACAUCCGGUGAUACUUGAAAUGGGGUUGAUCCAAUUUCGAUCAUACAUCUUCUCCGACGCCAGUCUGAAGCCAAAGAUUUUGAAAGGAACAUACGACUUGAUCGCUGUCGAUCGCGGUUCAGAUACCAAGGCAUUGGCGGAUUCCACCCUGCUGAGAGAGGCUAUGAAGCUAUUCCACAACCUUGAUGUUUAUGGUAGUGACUUUGAGCCGCUGUUUAUGGCCGAAUCUGAGAAGUUUGUGAAGUCCUGGUCACUACAGCAAGCCGCUGGAUCCCUAGCCGCCUAUGUCGAUAAUGCUCACCGGUUAAUUGAACGUGAAGCGGAACGGUGCGGGCUCUUCUCUUUCACCCGGAACACAAAACUCCAACUGUCCGAGCUCCUGGAUGAGAAUCUGAUCACAAAGCAAAAGGGUCUCUUGACCAGUAAAAACGAGGUUCUUGUUUUGAUGCGAGCUGAAAACAAAACUGCUUUGAAACAGCUUUACAGUCUGCUUGAUCGGAAAGACCUCACUCUCGCGUUGAAACCUGCAUUCAAGGAUUUCAUCAUUGGGGUCGGUGAAGGGAUUGUGUUUGAUCAAGAAAAGGACAGUGACAUGGUUAUUCGCCUCCUCCAAUUCAAGCAACAGGCCGACGAAAUUUGUGCCCAGGCUUUCGAGUCGAACGAGGAAUUGGGUCACACACUCCGCGAAGCCUUUGGCAUCUUUAUGAAUACCGGAAAGAAGAUGGAAUCGACAGGCGGCACCGAUAACCCCAAGUCGGGUGAAAUGAUUGCCAAAUACGUGGACAGGUUGCUUAAAGGCGGCUACAAGCUACCACCGGAUCUUAAUCCACAAGAAGUCAGCCUGAUGGCCGACGAUGCGGAGCUCGACCGACAACUUGACCAAGUUCUAGACCUCUUCCGUUUCGUACAUGGAAAGGCAGUCUUUGAGGCUUUCUACAAGAACGACCUUGCCCGGCGUCUCUUAAUGAAACGUAGCGCAAGCGAUGAUGCGGAAAAGAGCAUGCUAGCUCGUUUGAAGAACGAAUGCGGAUCAAGCUUCACUCACAAUCUUGAGUCCAUGUUCAACGACAUGGAUAUCGCUCACGAUGAAAUGACAGCCUUCAAACGGUUGCAACAGGAUGACCGGGAGCGGCAUGGUCGAUCUCACGUCGAGAUCGAAGUUAACGUGCUAUCUGCCGCCUCAUGGCCGACAUAUCCCGAUGUCCCUGUACGGAUCCCAUCAAGUAUUGCCCGCUCGAUUAAUAAAUUCGAAACGUUCUACCACACCAAGCAUACAGGGCGUAAGCUCACGUGGAAGCACCAGUUAGCGCAUUGUCAAUUGACUGCGAACUUCCCGCUUGGGAAGAAGAACCUGGUGGUCAGCUCAUUCCAGGCGAUCGUGUUACUACUGUUCAAUGAUAUCCCUGAUGGCGAGAGCAUGCAAUACCCACAGAUUCAAGAAGCAACCGGCUUGUCGGACCCUGAAUUGAAACGAACCCUUCAAUCACUUGCGUGCGCCAAAUACCGUGUCUUAACCAAGGAACCCAAGGGCAAGGAUGUAAACACAACGGACAAGUUCUCGUACAACACCAGCUUCAGCGACAAGCAGCUACGCAUCAAGAUCAACCAGAUCCAGCUGAAGGAGACGAAAGAAGAGACCAAGACGACGCACGAGCGCGUUGCAGCCGAUCGCCACUUCGAGACGCAAGCCGCCAUUGUGCGCAUUAUGAAGAGCCGCAAAGUUUUGAGCCACGCCGAGUUGAUCUCGGAGGUCAUUAGUGCGACUAGGACCCGAGGUGUUCUCCAGCCUGCCGAGAUUAAGGAAGAGAUUGAAAAGUUAAUUGAGAAGGAGUACAUGGAGCGCAAGGAGGGGACUAAUCAAUACAGCUACAUGGCUUAA